AUGGCUACACCAACAACUCAGAUCAUGCCACUGGCUACGUUCGAGAUUCACUCGGGACACCUGUGCUAUGGUGCAUUGCACAACAUCUAUCACGGAGCAUCAUCCGACAAGGUGGGAGGUCUCCCUUUACCCCAAGAGCCCAUUCCUGGUGGCACAAUUCGACGCCAUGAAGCCGCCUUUAAUUUGCCUGCUCUCAUCGGGACCUGGAAUAUAUACGCCUUGAUCGGCAAGUAUGGAGACAAUAUGCAGAUAGUGGCAUACUUCGCAUCACACCACAGCCUCGAUCCAGCCUUCGAAGUAGACAAGAUCCUUCGAGUUUCGGGUUCCCCUUAUGAGCGAGACAGUGGGAGCACUUUCAAAGAUAAUGACACUGCUCGCGAAGGCGUUUUUGUCAUCAAUCGUUAUGAUUGGGGUUGGAUUGACAGUCGUGGCGGAGAGGAGGUUCAAGAAGCGGAAGUGCCUAUCGACCUGCCAUACCACUUUUCAACCAUCGGACUUGUCGACUUUGACACGGCCAAGGACUUUGUCAGUCGCCUGAAGUUCCAUCGAGCAGACCAACGAGACAUGGUCGGCGAAGACGGUCGCGGUGUCUGGUUGACCAUAAGAGAUGCUGAAUACCAGUUUGGACGCUUCGGGCAGUUACGAGAUGGAUUCGACUUCUCGCAGCGACAUCGCGUGAAGACAUUGUUCGCGGACGAGAAACCCGGAGACGCUGAACUGCUCGGGCCAUAUGCCUCUGGCGAAUACGUCUUGUCAAGAGCGGAUGUCGAUGCCGUCAAAGAUCAUCUAUCGCAGGACCCAUUGCAGCCAGAGAGUGAUCCGUUCCUAAAUCUCAACGAGGGAGAUACUUCUGUCAAGGAAGGCCUUGAAAAGUGGUGGUCUGCCAGCGUCGACUUGACCAACCAAAUUCUUUUGAGCUUUCUCGAGUAUAGCAUCGUGCCUUAUCUGCACGAGCAUCCCCAUGAGAGUCCGGCGACCGCCACGCGCCUGCUCUUCCCAGAUGGAUCCAACGACCCACAACCAGGUAAAGAGUACAAUUUUACUCUGGCAGAAGAUCUCAAGAGCCGCUUCCUCGGAAACGAAAACAACGCAUCUUCCUCGAGCACCGCAACAUCGGAUCCGGAGCAUGCACCCGUCAAGGCUCGGAUGCGAAUCUUCUUGGAAGACAGAAGGGUUCACCCAGAGGAGGAUUUCCUAGAGAGCGUCUGUCGUGUUCUAGCUUUCAUCGUGAAGGACUUGAUGGAAAUGGCGAAAAGAUCCUCUGUUGACAAUGAAAGAUUUGGGCAUAUCGUACCGAGCGAUGUGUUCCUUGCGGUCAUGAACGAUACUUCAUGGUAUCAGCACAAUCUGUCCCGGUCGAGAGCUUUCUGGUGUUUAUAA